CGGCGCCCGGGGUGGGUGUCUCUGCUCGCUGCUUCGCCCGGGGCCAUGGACGAGGCUCAGCGCCAACUGCUGCAGCGCUCGCGGUUGCGCCUGGUGAAGGAGCUGCAGGUGGAGCCGCUCUGGGACCUGCUGGUGCACAAAGGGAUCUUCACGCCGGACAUGAUCGAGGAGAUCCAGAGUGCAGGUACUCGAAGGGACCAGGCCAGGGAGUUAAUCACUGACCUGCAGACGCGAGGAAAAGAAGCCCUCCCUGCCUUCAUCUGGUGUCUCCGUGAAACUGGACAGAAAGACCUGGCAACUCUGCUGAGUGAGGGAUGCCACCAUCUGCAAUUGCCCCCAGCCCACAUAGAACCAAUCAUGGGCCACACGCGUGCUGGACAAGUUGACCCCGGUAUGCAGACAAGAGAAUAUUUACCUUUCCCAGCCCAGGAGAGAUUUCAAGAACCAGAUCGUGAAAUUGCAGCCACUCAGGGUUCUGAGGAGAGAGCUGCAAGGAGUCCUGAAAUGGUUUAUGCUUUGAAUUCUGACCCCUGUGGUUACUGCCUUAUCAUCAACAACGUGAACUUCUCCAAGGAGUCUGGCCUUGCCGCCCGCGUUGGCUCUGAUGUGGACUGCGAGAGACUGGAAAGACGCUUCCGGUUGCUCCGUUUCGAAGUCGUGACUCGACGAGAUCUCACAGCUCAGGAAAUCACCUUGGAGUUGCAGAGCCUGGUGAGGCGGAACCAUGGAUCCCUCGGCUGCUGCUUGGUCGUGAUCCUUUCCCACGGCUGUCAGACCAGACACAACCAGUUUCCCGGCGGGAUCUUCGGUACAGACGGAAUGCCCAUUGCGGUGGAAAAGAUCGUCAGCUACUUCAACGGGUCUCACUGUCCGCUCCUGAGGGGGAAACCCAAACUCUUCUUCAUCCAAGCUUGUGGAGGAGAACAAAAGGACCGAGGGUUUGAGGUGGAUUCCGGGCCUUCUGUGGAUCAACAACAUGGAAGCACUCUAGAUUCUGAUGCGAACCCCUUCCAGAUACCUGCGGGAGACUCUGAUCAGCCAGAUGCCAUAGCCAGUUUGCCCACCCCCAGUGACAUCUUGGUAUCUUAUUCAACUUUUCCAGGUUUUGUGUCCUGGAGGGAUACACGUAGUGGAUCCUGGUACGUGGAAACCCUGGACCAGAUCCUUGAUCAGUAUGCGCAUUCGGAAGAUCUGCUCACCAUGCUACUGAGGGUGGGGAACGCCGUUUCUGCAAAAGGGAAGUACAAGCAAAUGCCUGGCAGUUUCAACUUUCUCCGCAAAAAGUUCUUCUUCAAGGCCAGAUGAUAUCCCAGCCCGAGAGGCUCUGCCUGGAUGAAGCAGUUAUCCCAAAAGAGACCCUUGGAAGAUGUGUGCUGCGAUGCACUUCAUGCAGAAUGGAUGAAUUUGUCUUCUCACCUUACCUUCGAGGAGUAGACUCGUUACUGUGAAAAGACUCCUCUUUUCCUUGAAAUACAGAUUUCUUCAACAAAGCCAGUUUUGUACAGAGUGAGAAGUUUUGUGUGGAUCCCAAAAUAAGUGCCUGGAAUUUUGUUCGGGGCAGGCAUCCCCCUCUUCGUCCUUGAUUUCUUCUUGAGGGAAUCUUCUGCUCACUCUGUUGUUUUGGUCUCAGCUUUCUUACAGCCACUCUGAGUCCUGGGCUUCUGGGCCUUAACUCUGCAACCAGUUUUAACUGAGACUAAUUGUCAUGGCUUCCUUCUCCGCCAUCAUGAACCUCAGAAAUUACAGGCGUGUGAGGCUGCUGCAUGUGGUUUUUCAGAGGUGACCUUCCCUCCCCGCUCCUCAGAGGACUGUUCCCACGUCUGCUGCAGGAAAGCCAUGUCCCCUCAUCCAGUGUAACGUUGGCUACGUAGACAGAUUGUAGACAGACUCCUAAUUUGUUAAAAGCAGGCAUUUUGCUGGGGGAAUGCACUCUGCACAUCACCUCUUAUUGUAUUAAAUAUUCUGUAUUUAUAUGCAAUCCAGCUUUUUUUAAAAUUUACACACUGUACCCAGGGACCGUAGGUGUUCUGUAAUUCCCCUCAAGAAGGGGGGAAGGAGCCCUGACCUGGAUAGUCGAGGCAAGCUCA